AAAUACCCCUCAAAAGAAAAAAAAAUCAUGCAUCAGCCAAACACGCCCUUAACCAGUGGUCUUCAAGUAGAGAAACGAAGGAAGAAAAGAUGCAGUCGCUGCAAGACAAGGCGUCGGAGUGGAGCGGAGUGAAUCGAGACGACGCGUUCGCCAUUGAUCAAAUCAAUCUAUAUGAGAAGCUUGGCCUCCAGACCUUCAUUUCUCUCUCCACCAAUUUCUACAACAGAGUUUAUGAUGAUGAGGAAGAGUGGUUCCGAUCAAUUUUCGCGAAUUCGAAAAAGGAAGAUGCCAUUCAGAACCAAUACGAGUUCUUUUCACAGAGAAUGGGAGGGCCUCCGUUGUACAACCAAAGAAGAGGUCAUCCUGCAUUGAUUGGCCGUCACCGCCCAUUCCCCGUUACUCAUGAAGCUGCAGAGAGGUGGUUGCACCACAUGCAGCUAGCAUUAGACAGUACUACGGAUAUCGAUUCAGAAUCUAAGAUCAAGAUGAUGAACUUUUUUAGGCACACUGCAUUCUUUCUCGUUGCUGGAGACGAGUUGAAGAACCCGAAACAAGGAAUUGCUUGCAAGCAUGCAGCCGGAAAACCAGCUGCAGUCUAAAUUUACUCGGAUUGCUAAGAGAAACGUAGCAAGAUGAUAGAAAUAAAGACAUUCAUUGUAUGAUGAAGAUUUGUUUCAAAUUUAUUUGGAAAAUUAAUUAGAAAUAUAAUUUUAUAUUUAUAAUUCGAGUCUGGUAAUCGGGAAUAAUACUUGCUUUAAUAUGUUUGAUUAGCAUUGCAGGAAUAAUAUUGGCAUUUUCUCGAACAA